AUCAACCCGUGAAUUCAUAUAAUUUCCUAUAAAAAUCAGCUAAAAAAAUCUUCUCAAAAAUAAACGAAAGAUUCUCUAGAUCUCGCAAUCUCUCACCUUCACAAGAACAAAUCUUUUCUGGACAUUCUUUUCGGAUCAGCCAUUUAUUUGCAGGGUACUCAAUAAGAAGAACAUAGUCAAUAAGGACAUGGUUUCAGUGCGUAGCCUUCUAAAAGAUUGGAAAACUUACUCAUUUGAAGAUAAAGCAAAAGUUUUGAGCCUAUAUUUGAUAGGUGUAGAAACUAAAAUAGAACGUCAUGAUUAUCUCACAAAACGUGCAGUACGCAAAGAUGUUGAAAUCGUCAAGAAUCUGCUGAUAAAGCUCAAUGAAGAAACGAGAAGUACUGAAAUAAAUGGCUUUAAGCUCCAGCUCAAAUACCGCAGAGCAUUAAUAGGAAUAGCUAGAAUUGAGCUUUUUUUGUGGGGUGUCUUAAACAACUCUAAAGAUGAUAUUUGCAAAGAGCAUAAAGAUUGGAUGAUGGAGAAGAACAUACACCGUAUGAACAAAGAUGAAAUUUUAGCUUCGAUUUGGGAGUUGGAACAAUCUGAAUCGGGAUUUGUCUUUGUAUUACAAGAGAGGGGGGCUAAGGUACCGAAGAAGCCAAAAGAGACGGUUCAAACGGAGAGUAGCAACUUCCAAGCAAUCCAAAGAAAAAAAGAGGAGUACAUGAUUUUGAACCAGAAAAUAGAAUGCUUAUUUAUUGAAAUGAAGAAGCUCGCAGAACCUUUCAGGGAAUGUAAACCAAGAUAUACAUUUGACGGGUACAGACAGAAAGCUGAAACUAUUUUGGAACUCUUAUUGAUCAAGCUGGAAGCAUUUGGUGCUUAGGAAGUUUACUGUGUUGUAGAUUCAUCCAAGUAUUUUCCAAAUGGUCUGGCUGCUGACCCUGGAGAGAGGAGCGGUAUUUUCAACUUGGAUGUUACUAAUUUCUCUGAAUUGCAAGAUGUUUUGUUGGGAUAAUGUUUAUUUAUACUUUAGGAUGGAUGCUUCUAGGUAUAUAACGGGUAAACUUCUUACUGUGGAUUGCAGUGUUUGACUGCACCUUAUAAUUGACUGACAGAAAGGGUUGGCCUUUGAAUCUGCCAACUUGUGUAGCUCGGCUAGACUGUGUUAUCUGCAGUAACAUUACAGAUUUGGUUACUGUAGUAAUAGUAUGAAGACUAAAGACUUGAUUGAAACAGGUCCCGGAGCUAUGUCUCUGUGAUAAUUUUUCUACCUUUUGAAGUCUUAUGAAAGUGGGUGUAGGUGUCUUUUAAGGUA